AUGGUUGUUGAAGGGCUAGCUUUGCUGGAUUUGGGUGUGUCACCCUAUUCUGGAGAUGUCUUCCAUGAAACCCCGUUAAUAAUAUACUUGUUUCAUUUCCUGAUUGAAUAUGCUGAAUUGGUGUUCAUGAUAACUGAUGUGCUAACUGGUGUUGCCCUCUACUUGGCCGUCCAGGAUUUCAACAAAGUUGUGUUUAAAAAGCAGAAACUCCUAAUAGAACUGGAUCGGUAUGCAUCAGAUGUGGCUGAACUUAUCCGGACCCCCAUGGAAAUGCACUACAUCCCACUCAAGGUAGCACUGUUUUAUCUCUUAAAUCCGUACACAGUGAUGUCUUGUGUUGCAAAGUCCACCUGUGCCAUCAACAAUACUGUCAUUGCAUUCUUCUUUUUGGCUACAAUAAAAGGUAGUACACUCCUCAGUGCUAUAUUCCUGGCCUUAGCAACAUACCAGUCACUGUACCCUCUAACCUUGUUUGCACCAGCUUUGCUGUAUCUUCUCCAGCGUCAGUUCAUCCCAGUGAAACUGAAAGGCAAAGGCUUCUGGAUGUACACCAUGCAGUAUGCAGCACUUUAUCUCUGUAGCUUGGUGGUAAUUGUCUGCCUCUCGUUCUUCCUCCUCAACUCCUGGGACUUCAUUCCAUCUGUGUAUGGUUUCAUCCUUUCUGUUCCAGAUCUAACUCCCAACAUUGGCCUCUUCUGGUACUUCUUUGCUGAGAUGUUUGAACACUUCAGUCUGUUCUUCGUUUGUGUAUUUCAGAUCAAUGUCUUCUUCUACACCAUUCCUUUAGCAGUGAAGCUAAAGGAACACCCCAUCUUCUUCUUCUUCGUGCAGCUUGCCAUCAUUUCUAUCUUCAAGUCCUACCCAACCGUGGGAGACGUAGCGCUGUACAUGGCCUUCCUCCCACUCUGGAGCCACCUUUACAGAUUCCUCCGGAACAUCUUUAUCCUCUCCUGCGUGCUCAUUGUCUGCUCCCUGCUGUUCCCAGUGCUGUGGCAUCUCUGGAUUUACGCAGGAAGCGCCAAUUCCAAUUUUUAUUAUGCCAUCACUUUGACGUUCAAUGUAGGGCAGAUCCUGCUCGUCUCAGAUUAUUUCUACGCCUUCCUGCGGCGCGAGUACUACCUCACUCACGGGCUCUACGUGACACGGAAAGACGGGACAGAGGCCAUGCUGGUUCUCAAAUGACCUCCCUGCCAGCACGACUCGGGGGACGGACUUCUGUGCGGAGCACAUGGAGCCGGGGGGUGGGCCGGUUCCCUGAGAGGUCUGACUGGUGGCAUGGUUCCUACGCAGCGGCAGGGCGGCAGUUUGGAUGGGAGCACUGAGCAGCGGUGUUGAGUUCAGUGCAAAGGCUGGAAGCUGCUAGGACCACGUGGCCUCUGCCGAAGCACCUCCCUUCCCUCGGCCGGGCGGCCCAGCAGGGACCAGAGCGGGGGGCCGGAGCUCCGUGUCCGCCCUCUGACUCGUUUCUGGGGUGUUAUGCUGCAGAUUCAUGUGUCUCUUUCUGCACCUAAAUGUCCCUGGAAAUCUCUUCGCAAACUUGUUCUUCCUCCUCCAUUGCUUUCUUCAGCAGCACUGUGGCAGGGCCUGCAGCAAGCGCUGGCACUUGGGGUGCCUGGCCAAUUCCUUGUCCUGGCCUGGCAUGUGAAAAUGAGUGUCUCUCACAGCGGGCUGCGCCUGCAGUGACAUGGGGCCCCAGAGCCCACCCUUGGCUCUCCAGAGCAGAGGGAGGCGAUAGCCGGAGCGUGGGGGAGGCUGUGCGUGAAUCCUCGGCCUGAAGUACAAAGCCCCAGGGAAGGGAAGAGAGCACGACUGGCAGGGGGAGGGAGCCAGAGACUGUUCUUUGGAAACAGGUUUGGGGGACAGGGUGUCACUCGCUGAAUCCGCACAGGAGAUGGACCGAGCCCAGUGCUCCUGUUUCUGGGAACACCCCUCCCGCUCAGCCCCCCCUUUGUAUUGUGCUUAGCGCCUGGAGCUGCUCCAUGCUGGGAGCCAGGCAGGAGGGUGGAGCUGCUGCAGCGUGACAUCCGUUCCGCAAGGAGCCUCUUUGCACUUUCCCAUGCGCGGCCCGAGCCAGGAGCAACCUCCCCAGGGUUCCCCUCGCCCCUGUCACCACAUUACGAGGGUCAAAAUGGUAUCGUGCUCCUGGCGCUGGUCCCUGCCUGUUGGAGCCCCCCACCCAUCUGCUGCUGCCAAGAGCUCCCCAGGCCUGAGGCGGCUCCAGGAAAGUGUGGGGCCCGGCUGGGGCCAGGCACUGGGACCAUGCAGCUCCAUGCCUCUGCCCCAGUUAGGAAACCCCCAUUCAGCUGUGCCCGUUCCACAGACAGCGCGACACGGUCACGCGGCAGCCGGGCCGCCCUCUCGCUUCCCCUCUGUCUUGCUGGGUACUUGCUCCCAUGGCGUUUUGUAAGAAGACAACGCUCGCCUUAUCGCCCUGCUGCUGACGCUGGCGGGCGGGUUUGGGCCCCCGUCCAGCUCUCCCAGGCAGGAUCCUCUCUCGGGCAGGCUCCUGGUCCCGCUGCCACAGGGCUCUCAGAGCCAGCCCUCCCCUUGGCUGCCAGGUGGGGGGGGCUUGGCAGAAAUAA